AUGGCAAAGGGUGAUCCAGGAAAACCCAAGGGCAAGAUGUCUGCCUAUGCCUACUUUGUCAAGACAUGUCGUGAAGAGCACAACAAGAAGAACCCUGGCGUUACGGUUAACUUCUCAGAAUUUUCAAAGAAGUGCUCUGAGAGAUGGAAGACUAUGUCGCCGAAAGAGAAGACUAAAUUUGAAGACCUGGCCAAACAGGACAAGGCUCGUUAUGAUCAGGAAAUGAUGCACUACAAUCCAGGAAAGAAAAGUCGGAAGCAGAAGAAAGACCCUAAUGCUCCAAGGCGGCCACCGUCUGGAUUUUUCCUGUUCUGUGCAGAGCAGAGGCCAAUUAUCAAGGCUCAGAACCCCAGCCUUGGCAUUGGAGAUGUAGCCAAGAAACUGGGAGGGAUGUGGAACAACCUGUCUGAUUCUGAGAAGCAGCCCUUCCUAUCGAAUGCUGACAAACUGAAGGACAAGUAUCAGAAGGAUAUGGCAUUUUACAGAAAAAAGGGAAGUGGAGGCUCAUCGUCUGCCAAAUCUGAACCAAAGGAUGACGAAGACGAUAAUGAUGAGGAAGAAGAAGAAGAGGAUGACGACGACGAUGAUGAGGACGAUGACUAAAUAAUUGAUUUCUCCUAAUUGGGCAGUAAGGUGUUUGAUCACUUAAGUCUGGGUCUAAAAGGUCUUGGUGUCAAGGCUGCUAUACACUGAUAAUCAGUAGAGGAGCCCUGUGCAUGCAAGCUCUGUCUUCAGACAACCUCUCUCAAUGCUGGGUUUGCUGGUGGACCUGUUACAGCUUGCUAUUAAACUGUGUUGGUAAGAGCAUAAUAUUUCCACACUGUUGAACAAAUAAAGUGGUAGCAGUACAAACUCUUUUAAAGUAUUUAAGGUGGUGUCUAUAUAUGGCUGUUAAAAUAAUUCAAAAAAAUCUUUCUUUAACUUCCUGUGU